AUGUUCUCAACUUCAAGCAAUUACUUGAGAUCUUCGAUAUCCACAUCAAAGGUUUUAAUUAGUAACUUGGUUAAAUCAUUUACACAAGAAAGAAAUAUAGUUAAUAUGGCUGGUUCAGAGAGAUUACAACAAACAUCAAGGAUAUUAUCAAGAUCAAGUCCUAGUGAACUGAUUGUUGAAAAGCCUUUCAAGGUCUCAGUUAUCGGUUCGGGUAACUGGGGUACUACAAUUGCUAAGGUAGUAUGUGAAAAUACUAAACAGAAUCCUAGCGUAUUUGUCCCCCAGGUUGAUAUGUGGGUCUACGAUGAAAACAUCAAUGGCGAGAUGUUGACUAAGAUAAUUAACACUAGACAUGAAAAUGUCAAGUACCUGCCGGGCAUCAAGUUACCAGAGAACCUAUUUGCCAACCCUUCAAUUGAAGCUACCGCGAAGGAUGCCGACAUCUUGAUCUUUAACAUUCCUCACCAGUUUUUGCCCCGUGUUGUUGAGCAACUAAAGGGACAUGUACGUCCUGGCGCUCGUGCUAUAUCCUGUCUAAAGGGGUUUGGUCUAGAUAAGAAUGGUGUAGCGUUGUUGUCUACCUACAUCGAGGAUCACCUAAAUAUUACCUGUGGAGCUUUAUCCGGUGCCAACUUGGCGCCUGAGGUGGCCAAGGAGAACUGGUCAGAGACGACCGUCGCCUACAAAAUUCCUCGUGACUUCAGGGGUGUGGGCAAGGACGUCGACCACUCUAUUUUGAAGACCCUAUUCCACAGACCUUAUUUCCACGUUUCCGUGAUUGAGGAUGUUGCGGGUAUUUCCGUUGCUGGUGCCUUAAAGAAUGUUGUCGCCUUGGGGUGCGGCUUCGUUGAGGGCAAAGGUUGGGGUAACAACGCUGCCGCUGCUAUUCAGCGUAUUGGAUUGGGUGAAAUAAUUAAAUUCGGCCUAAUGUUUUUCCCCGAGUCGAAGGUGGAGACAUACUACCAGGAAUCCGCUGGUGUUGCGGACUUAAUUACAACUUGUGCCGGUGGCCGUAACGUUCGUAUUGGUAGGGAAAUGGCUAAAACUGGAAAGUCGGCUACAGAAUUGGAGAAAGAGCUACUAAACGGUCAGUCUGCACAGGGUAUUCUAACUACAGAAGAAGUCCACGAAUGGCUAAAACGUUGCGGGAAACUAGAGGAGUUCCCGUUAUUUGAGGCUGUUUACAAGAUUGUAUUCUGCGGAGCGCCAAUUGAGAAAUUGCCUGAUAUGUUGGAAGCAUGA